CCAACGACAUGGCCGACGAGGAGCAGGCGUGCAUGCAGGCGGUGCAGCUGGCGUUGUCGUCGGUCCUGCCGAUGACACUGAAAACUGCCAUCGAGCUGGGCCUGCUCGAGACCCUUGUGGGCGCCGGCGGGAAGCUGCUGACACCGGUGGAGGUGGCCGAGAUGCUGCCGUCCAAGGACAAUCCGGACGCGCCGUCCAUGGUGGAUCGCAUGCUGCGGGUGCUAGCCUCGCACAACGUCGUGUCAUGCGUUGUGGAGGAUGGCAAGGACGGCAGCCUCUCCCGCCGAUACGGCGCCGCGCCGGUCUGCAAAUGGCUCACCCCCAACGAGGACGGCGUCUCCAUGGCCCCGUGGGCCCUCAGCGCCCAGGACAGGGUUUUCAUGGAGACAUGGUGCUACAUGAAGGACGCUGUCCUUACCGGCGGCAGCCCAUUCCACAAGGCGUACGGGAUGACGUGGUUCGAGUACGCCGGCACCGACAUCCGCUUCAACCGUCUCUUCAACGAGGCCAUGAAACACCAAUCCGUCAUCAUCACCAACAAGCUCCUUGAGUUAUACAGCGGCUUCGACGGCGUGGGCACCCUCGUCGACGUUGGCGGCGGCGUCGGCGCCACCAUCAAUGCCAUCAUCUCUAAAUACCCGAGCAUCAAGGGGAUUAACUUCGACCUCCCCCAUGUCAUCUCCGAGGCAACGCCCUGCUUCCCCGGCGUGCACGUGCAGCACGUCGGCGGCAACAUGCUGGACAAGGUGCCCUCCGGCGAUGCCAUCCUUAUGAAAUGGAUCCUCAACUGCUUCAGCGACCAGGAAUGCGCAAGGCUGCUCAAGAACUGUUACGACGCGCUGCCGGCCCACGGCAAGCUCAUCAGCGUGGAGUGCGUCCUGCCGGUGAUCCCCGAGGCAACACCCAGCGCACAGGGGAUGACGCAGAUCGACAUGAGCCUGCUCGCUUACAGCGACGGCGGCAAGGAGAGGUACCACGGGGAGUUGGAGGAGCUCGCCAAGGCCGCCGGGUUUGCAGGCGUCAAGUCCACCACCUAUAUCUACGCCAACUUCUGGGCCAUGGAGUACACCAAGACCAAAUAGGGACACACGACUCUUCUUUUAUGAUUUGGCUUGUUUUCCUGCGUGUACCUGUCGUGAUCGUGAGUCAUACUCUGUAUCGUCUUGAUUUUGUAGAA